AUUGCAUGACCGGAUAUUUCAUAAAAGUACAACGAUUUAAAUCAAUAAUGAAAGAGAAAUGAAAUAUAUAGUUUACUGCAAACUAUUUGGAGAACCGAUUAUUUCUUCUCACCAAAUUUUAAAUUAGUUAAAAAAGUUCGUCAACAGAUGGAGCUGCUGUGUGUAAAAGACUGUAUAAAAAUGUAUUCUGCCGCGCAUUAAAACACUCCUAAACGAAAUAUUUACACUGGAAACUGCUAUUUUAGUCCUCAGGUUGUUCAACGUUGUUAACGCAAAUGGUGGUUAUUGUUAAAAUAUCGUUUUAUAAGAUUUUUCUUAAAAUUAAUAUCGCCACCUGUUGAUAGACUUAUGAACUAUUUUUGAAACUCGACGAGAAAAAGUUAGUUUCUUAUACAGAUAGUUGCGAACUGUUUAUUUUUCUAUUUACUUUCUUUUUUCUGUAGUUGAUUUUAUAAACAUUAGCCUCGUUUGGGACACUAAAUGAUACAAACACGUUAUUUAAGAAAAGAUAACUACACUAUAAGGAAGAAUAUGCUUAAAAACAACUAAUCUACAUUUUUUCCUUGUUGGCAAUCUAAAGGACAUAAAAUCAUAAGCAAUAUUUCUUAAAUUCAUCUUGAUAGGAAAGAGAGUCUACAGCUUCGGUUCUAUUAUAACACGAAAUUUGUUUUGAGUACUUUUGAGGAAAGGAAAAACCGUUUCACACGCUUCGUAACCGGUUUUUGUUUACAUUCAGAACAAAGGUGUUGACGAAAAUAUUUACGUUUUAGCUUUGAGCUCUGUUAACAGUUAACUUAUAGUUUGUCUAUGGAAAGAACUAUGCCUGCUGUUGUCUGCUGCUAUGGAGAUAAGAUACAGCACAUUUCAAAGAGGGGAGCUUCUCUCUCCCCUGAUUCCCUUUCUCCCUCCGACUUGAGCCAAAACUUGUCUUAAAUACUGACCUAACACCCCUACUAGAAAUAGUUAAACCUUGUAAUCAUAGUCACUACCACUGUACCAGAUGAAUAACGAGGGGGUUCUUUCCAUAGACAGACUGUAGGCAUGUCACGAAAUGAAGAUUUGACUAAUUGUCCAUUGCUGUUCUCAUGAUGCAUACUCAAUGAAACACCUAUAGUUGUCUUCAUGAUUUCUACCCAUUAAAAUACCUCGUAGUUGCUCUUCAUGAGGCCUACCGAUGGGUCACCCAGUAGUUGUUACCAUUGGCACUUUUGUCAAACUAAUGUGAUAUUGUUUAUUGAUGUCUUUUCUUCUUAUUUUAGCAGAUAUCGAAUCAGGUGAUCCUUACUACGCCAGGUUCAAAUGCCCUGCUUCAUUCGGUGCUUUCCCUGAUAUAGAAGAUUGUUCUAAGUUUUAUAUUUGUAUGGCUGGAUUUUCUCGUCGCAUGCCUUGUCCACCAUUUCACCAUUUCGAUAAGAAUAGGCGACGAUGUAUGUCGAUAUUGGUUGCAGUUUGUGACAAAGGGGAAGAAGAAGAAGCAACAACACUUGAAGAAGGAAAAGAUACCCCCGAUGAAAUGGGAUCUACGGUGAAAGAUUUAGUGUUCGUGUGUCCAGAAGUAUCUGGAUUGUUCCCUCACCCAACAGCGUGUGCCCAAUAUUAUACUUGUUCAUCCUUCGAACCAUCAUUACAAACCUGUCCUGAGAAUGAAUUGUUUGAUGGAAUCAAGAUGGAAUGUAGACCCGAAAGCGAAGUAAAUUGUGGAUCGAGAAACCGACCAACAGGUGAAACCACUGUUGCUUCAACCCCUUUGCUGCCUGAAUCCACACCUCCUGAAAUCAGUACUCCAAACGAAGAAACUCCAGAACCAACUCCUCCAGAACCAACUCCUCCAGAACCAACCCCUCCAGAUCAUGAUUGCGAUGACGAUGAUCUUGAUUGCAUAAUCACAGUAACUGGAGAAAUUCCCAAGUGGUUCAAAUGUCCAGUAGACAUUGGCUCCUAUCGUCACCCGAGUAGCAAAAAACUCUUCAUUUUUUGCAUUAAUUGGAAACCAUACGUGAAGAAAUGCGGUCAAGGGUUGAUUUAUUCGCAGGAAGUGAGAACCUGUGUUCCAAUUCAGUACCCCGAAUAACGAAC